UUGCUCGCAAAUUAGAUCUUGAAAAUCCAGAGAACAUUAUAUAUGUUCGUUCCGGAUAUAUAGGUGUUCAAACUUUAAUUCUUUCAAUUUGUUAUUAUCUUGCAACAAAAAUAAAGAAAAAAAAUGAUAUUACACCUCUUCAAUAUGUCGAACCAGCAAAACGUUUAACAGAUGAACCUUCAAAACAUGUGGAAACGACUAAUCGUGAUUACGAUCUUGGAAAGCUUCAAGAACUUCUUAAGCAAACCGUUAUCGGAGUUGCUUUUAUGAUGGUUUUACAUCUUUGGUUUGAAUUUACACAACCUUUAUUCAUUCAAUCUAUUUUACCACUAAAAAUUACGUAUGAGAAUCCACUUGUUCAGAUUCAUUUACUUGGUAAACCAGCUGAAGGUGAUUUGAAAAGACCAUUUAAGACUUCUGGUCUUUUUGGUAAUCUUGUUGAUUCACAACAACCUCAAACAGAUAAAGCAUCAAUUAAAAAAGCAAAAAAGGCUUCUAAUUCUGGACAAAGAGAUUAG